AGGCAGUGAAAGGAAGGGAGGAAGAAGGAGUGACUUAUUUGUGAAGUUCUGCAAGUUUGGAUGACUGGCUCAUUGCUGUCUGAGGAGGGCACAUGGCUGGACUUGGGCAGAGGGCAGAGCUGGGAGGCUUUCUCUGCUAGAAGCAGCAGCUUCCAUUCGCUCUCCAGCCUUCUUUCCUAAUAUUACAAGCCAGUUUGAGUUCUCUUCUGCAUUCUCAAGUGCUACAUAAAUGCCUCUUUGACUUCUUGUGGGGAGCUGAAGCAGUAGAAGGGGCUUAGAGGAGGAUUGCCCCGCCAUGGAAUGCUGUAGAUUUGCGUGCAGGGUUUCAGGAAGUUUUUCUUCCCCUUCUCGGGUUCAUAGGUUUGGGUCCGGAUCCAAAAACUGUGUGCGCUUCUUAGAAUUCCCUCAGAGACUCAAACCAAGGGUGCUGUGGCUCUGGUAAUGAUUUAAAGGACAAGCAACAACCACGGGCCAUUUAAACGUGUAUGCACUUUAUUUGCACCUACAUUCAUCCCAGACGAAGGAAUUCAGGAUGCGACGCUUUGACAAGCUGAAAAAGACAUUCCCCUUCCUGGCACGCUUUCACGUAUAUCGAAAACUGGGCAGCAGCAUGCAAUGUGAGGAAGGGACGGAAUGGUUGCUGGAACUGCUGAUGGAAGUGCAGCUGCAGCAGUACUUCUUACGGAUCCGAGAUGACCUUAACGUCACACGGCUGUCGCACUUUGACUACGUAAAGAAUGAAGACCUGGAGAAAAUCGGCAUGGGUCGACCUGGGCAGAGAAGGCUGUGGGAGGCCGUGAAAAGGAGGAAAGCCAUGUGCAAGCGCAAGUCCUGGAUGAGCAAGGUUUUUAGUGGCAAACGUCCAGAUGGAGGAGACAUACCCCAGCAGGGUCAACCGGCUUCCUCGUUUCGUAAGCUGUCUCCCACACCACCUCUGGGCGUCGGGGAGGGAGUCCUAGCCACGCAGCCCAGUGGUAGCGCUCUCCUCGACGGGCAGCAGCAGAGUCUGACCUGCCUCAUCCCAGAGAAGGACUUGACGCUGUUUGAGAAGCUGGGCGACGGCUCAUUUGGCGUCGUGAAGAGGGGAGAGUGGUUGACACCUGCGGGGAAGGUGCUGAACGUGGCUGUGAAGUGUCUGAAGACAGAUGUGCUCAGCCAGCCCGACGCUCUGGAGGAUUUCAUCUGUGAGGUCAACGUCAUGCACUCGCUGGACCAUCAAAACCUGAUCCGCCUCUACGGUGUGGUGCUCACACACCCAAUGAAGAUGGUGACUGAACUGGCACCUCUCGGUUCUCUGCUGGAGCGUUUGCGCUGCGUUCGUCCUCAAGGCCCAGUGUUGAUCCACACUCUGUGUCAGUAUGCUGUGCAGGUGGCUUGUGGCAUGGCUUAUCUGGAGCAGAGGAGGUUCAUCCACAGGGACCUGGCAGCGAGGAACAUCCUGCUGGCCUCGGCUCACAGAGUGAAGAUUGGUGACUUUGGCCUGAUGCGAGCGCUGCCUAACAACCACGAGCACUAUGUCAUGCAGGAGCAUCGCAAGGUCCCCUUUGCGUGGUGUGCCCCAGAGAGUUUAAAGACCAGAACCUUCUCCCAUGCAACAGACACUUGGAUGUUUGGAGUCACCCUCUGGGAGAUGUUCACACACGGUCAGGAGCCUUGGCUGGGUCUUAAUGGUAGUCAGAUUCUCCAUAAGAUUGAUAAAGAGGGUGAGCGCCUCCCUAAGCCAGAGGAUUGUCCACAGGAUAUCUAUAACGUCAUGCUGCAGUGCUGGGCUCAGAAACCUGAUGACAGACCAACUUUUGUUGCUCUACGCGAGUUCCUGCUCGAGUCUAUGCCUACAGACAUGUGUGCUCUCCAGGACUUUGAUGAGCCUGACAAACUCCAGAUCCAGGUCGAUGACAUUAUCACCAUCAUAGAGGGGAGGGCAGAGAAUUAUUGGUGGCGAGGUCAAAAUAAGCGCACCCUUAAGGUCGGACAGUUCCCCAGGAAUGUGGUGACUUCUGUAGCAGGGUUGUCUGCACACGACAUCAGUCGUCCACUCAAGAACAGCUUCAUCCACACAGGACAUGGAGACACCAACCCCCAUCGCUGCUGGGGCUUCCCUGACAGGAUCGAUGAUUUGUACCUCGGGAAUCCCAUGGAUCCUCCUGACGUUCUGGGCUUGGACCUCAGUGCUGCACAGCCCACACAGCUAGCAGGACGAGCUAAAAAACCUUCCUAUGACCCAGUAAAUGAGGAGGAGGAUCUGACCUCUGCGGGACUAAAGAGAUUAUCACUUCGGAAAACGGGUUCUGUCAAAGGCCUCAAACUUAAACCGGCCGUGUGGGUCUCUGCUUCCAAACAGGGAGGUUGCAGGACUUUAGGCUCAUGCCAGAACACUAACAGUGAAGUUUCCCUCAUUGACUUUGGGGAAGAGUACCCAAUAUCCACACCGUCCCCCUCUCCCGUGGUUGAAAUUCCGAUUCCUCUAUUGGCCAAGUUGGCUUUGGAAGCAGAAAAUCUCCUGGACAGGACUCCACCUCAAAGCCCAUCCAAAUCAUUGCCCCGCCCCCUUCACCCUACGCCAGUAGUGGACUGGGAUGCACGGCCAUUACCCCCACCCCCAGCUUAUGACGAUGUAGCACAAGAUGAGGAUGAUAUGGAGGUGAGCUCCAUCAACAGCUCGGAGCAGCAGAAUGAGGCAGAGCAUAGUGAUGGCCGCAAUCCAGAAGAAACUCUGUUCUCAGGGCAAAAGGUCGAUGAUGAGGCUCUAGUCUCCAGAGGUUCAGACAGACCAGGUCUGGAAGACAACCUGUUUCUCCCCAGCAAGCACAGCCAAGGCCUGUCCACCUCUUUUUCACAGUCUGCAGAGAUCUUUCAAGAACUUCAACAAGAGUGCAUGAGGAGGCUCAAUGUACCGGCAGCAAGUGCUCCUCGUUCGUGCUCGCCAUUGCAGAGCUCAGUCUUGUGUCCCCAGACUCCUCAAAGUCUCCAAACCCAUGAGGGACAACAGCAGAGUGUCCUCUCCUGUAACGAGGACCGACCCCAGAUCCCCCCACGAGUUCCCAUCCCCCCUCGCCCCAUAAAGAAGGGUGACUACACCUCUGGCCGCUGGUCAAGGGACCUUUCCCUUUCUCCAGUGCCGACUGAAGCCACGGAAAACGUUUCAGGCGCAGGACAGGAACGACCACCUCAAAUCCCUCCCAGAGACCCUUUGUCUCAGCCUGGAUCAAGAACUCCAAGCCCAAUGGGUCUGGUAGUGGGUUCCCCCCAGCAGAGGCUCUACUCUGUCAGCCCCAACACAAUGCAGGCUGCCAUUACAACCUGCCCACCCACACACACCUACAGCUCCUACCUCUCUACCUCUCCGGGUAAACUCAUGCCUACUACACACAGCUUUGCUUCAGACCCCAAAUAUGCUGCACCCAAAGUGAUCCAGGCCCAGGUGCAGGGGAGGGACGCUGCUAGCAAGGGCCCCUGUAUCCUGCCCAUCGUCCGUGACGGGCGUAAAGUCAGUAACACCCACUAUUACCUUCUGCCAGAGAGGCCACCGUAUCUCGAUCGAUUCGAUCGCUUCUUCAGGGAGGCUGAAAGCCUUCCUGCCAACGAUGUGGAAGAAAAGCAUGUACGGCAAGCCAACACAGCCACAGUCAGACCGAUGGUGGUCAGCAGUCACACACUGCAGGGGCACACCCAGGUGCAGGGGCUGGUCCAGCCGGGUGGUGACCUGAAAGCCAAUUUCUCCUCCAAUAAUAACAGCAAUCUGGGUUGGCCACGGUCAGGGAUGAAGAGUUCAGUUAGUCUUCCUCGCGUCUCUUCAGACGGGCUGACAGCACCAGCAGUCACUGCUUUCUGUACCAGGACAGACGGAGGAGGGAACUCAGCUGAUAGGGUCAAGAUGGUGCAGGAGGCGGUUCACGGUGUGACGAUGGAGGAGUGCCAGGCCGCCCUCCAGAACCACAACUGGAAUGUUCAGCAAGCUGUGCAUUAUCUAAAGGUAGAACAGUUGUUCUGUUUGGGCCUGAGGAGCAGAUCAGAGUGUCUAAAGCUGCUGGAGAUGUGUGACUGGAACCUGGAGGUGGCCAGCACUCACAUGCUGGAUAACUAUGGAUCUACAACAAGGCAAAGGUAG